AUAAAAUUGGCACUAUGCGGAACAAGCGAGGUGUGCAAGUAGUUCCGUACGCAGAAUAGUACCUCGACAUCAGCGACAUCAGCCUUUGCCUUUGGAAGAUUUCAGAAAACAAUAAUAAAUUCAUCUGACUAUAAAAGAAAUAUAUAGUUCAAUAGCUCCGGAGUGACAAACCGAUUGUUGUUGGGAUGUGAACAAGUCUCCGAGGCGAAAAUUUCGAGAUUGAAUUGAUUUCUUGACGGUGGAAGAUCUAGCAUGGAUCAAAGCAACCGAGUUAUUAUGAAAAUAUGUGGAGAUGAAUACUAAAAUUAUUACUCAUGGUGAACCAGGGAAUUACUAGGCAACACAAGAAGAAAUUGUCCAUAUCAGGUUCCAAAUUGUUCAGUGACAUGAAAGAUGCUGACUACUAUAUACAGGCAGCCAAACGACUACAGAAGAAAAACAACGGAUACAAAUUAAAAAUUAUAGUUUUUCCGUGGUAUUCAUGUGCUAUGUUUGUUAUUUUAAAUAAACAUGAUAAUAGGUAA